AACGGUCCACGGGACUAUUACAUGGAAAUUAGGACGGAUAUCAAGGAUAUUGAAUAAAUACUCAGAAGGCUUGGAACAGCGUCUCGCCAUUUUGGGUCCACAUUUAAAACACCCAUCUAUUUUCGCUUUUAAUUACAAAUAAUUGGGUCGUCAAGGAGCUUCCGUGGGUGUUCUGCGGUACCGGAGGUAGCUGGCGUAGGCGGCCGUGAGUCCGUUCACGUUGAGGCUGAUGUCGGCCAGGGCCAAGUUGAAGACCAGGAAGUUAUUGGGCGUCCUCAGCUCCCGGACGCCCAGGAAGGAGGCGACGGUGACGGCGUUCAGGAGGAACCCGAGGACGCCUGCGGACGCACACAGGACAGUUCAAGUUGUUCUCCCCCUCAUGAGCACUUCGUGUCCUGAGCAAUGUAGCUGCUUCUUCCACAAACUGAGCGACGGCUCCAAAGCUAGAAGCGUCCUUUGCAAUGAUCCCGAUAUCAGCGUCAUUCCUACAAAUUUCCCCACGGACACCUCCAAGAUACGCAUCGAGAAGACGGCCAUCACGAGGAUUUCUAGUGGCAACUUUGGCUACCUUGGCAGCAUGGAGUUCCUGUGGAUGUCUUUCAACUCCCUAAACUCUCUCAGCGUGGACAGUUUCCGGGGUCUCACGAACCUGGACGAGCUGAGGCUGGACGGGAAUGCCCUCACAUCGUUCCCAUGGGAGUCUCUGAGCGACAUGCCCAACCUGAAGCUACUUGACCUGCACAACAACAAGAUCUCCAGCAUGCCUGCCGAGGCCCUUGUGUACAUAAAGAAUAUCACCUAUCUGGAUUUAUCCAGCAACACUCUCACCACCGUCUCCGCAGAUGUCCUCUCGCUUUGGCUAAGUGUGAAACCGCUUCAGGACGCCGAUUCCUCCAAGUUUAUUCUUGGUCUCCAUGACAACCCGUGGUUGUGCGACUGCCGGCUUUAUGAUCUGGUCCAGUUCCAGAAAUCCCCGAGGUCAUCAGUGGCUCUAAUAGACCCCAGGCUGAGGUGUGCUGACCCAGAGAGUCUGUCUGGUGUUUUCUUCACCGAAGCAGAACUGCAGAAGUGCCAGGGUCCUCGGGUGCAUACGGCCGUUGCGCGUGUCCGGAGCUCGCUGGGCAACAACGUCCUCCUUCGUUGCGGUACCGUUGGCGUUCCAAUCCCCGAGCUGUCUUGGAAUCGUGCCGAUAGCAAGAAAAUCAACGGCACUAUUCAGCAAGAGAUCUCCAAGGAGGGCAUCAUUUGGUCCAUUCUGAGUGUGCCCGCAGUCUCAUACAGGGAUUCGGGAAAGUACGUGUGCAAAGCGACCAACUUUGUUGGCACCGCAGACGCCAUCAUCUCCUUGGUGAUCACAGACACCUUUCGGUCUGAAGAAGCAGCAGGUGCAGUCGCCAAGAGACCCAGAGGGAAGAAAGCUGGCGGUAUUGGGAGGGCAGCGUAUCAGGAAAAGCUGAUAGCUAGAUAUGUCCCUCCCCCGACUGCCUUGCCAGGGAAGCCUCUAAUCGAACCCCUCAAUGGCAAAGGGCUCACCGGGAAGUACGAGGUCGAGAGCUACAGCGUUUCCUCCGGCUCUCGAGGACGAGGCCGGGGGUCGAACCCUCGAAAGACACAGCAGGAGACUUUGGGUAACAUAGUGGCCAACGCCUCAUCCUUACAACAAGCCCCGGAGAAAAGGGUUGUGCGUUCCGUGAAGGUGAUCGGCGAUACCGACCACACUGUCUCGUUGAACUGGCGAGCUCCGACGGCCACAAACACCACUGAGUUCAGCGUACUGUAUGCUGUGUUUGGCGAGCGAGACAUGCGGCGGAUCAACGUUGGAGCAGGCAAAAACCGUAUCACCAUUGAUGGCCUGGUGCCAAAAACAAAGUAUAUCGCUUGCGUUUGCGUAAAAGGCCUGAUCCCGAAAAAGGAGCAAUGCGUAAUCUUCUCAACGGAUGAGGCGGCCAGCGCAAGCGGCACCCAGAAGCUCAUCAAUGUGGUGGUCAUCACGGUAGCCUGCGUGAUCGCUGUGCCCCUCACUCUCAUUGUGUGCUGCGGUGCCAUUAAGAAGCAUUGCCAAAAGCUCCUGGGCCGGCCAUCUAAGGAAAUACAAGACUCCUAUGUCACAUUUGAGACUCUGGGCCCCGCUGCCAAAACUAAAGGGAUGGAAGGCGAGUAUUUGACACGACUUAACCCUGAUGAGUCCAACAGGCUGCUCUCGGCGAGGUCUAGCGUUGACUCAGAGGCCAUUACCAGGACUGAGGGGCCACCUAAUGAGUACUUCUGCUAGAUCCCGACAUUUGCCUCAAUCCUGGAGAAUGCACUUUGAGACUGGAGUAGUGAGGACCGACCUCUCUUUGAGAGAUCUCCAUAGGACAUUGACAGCACAUUCGCCAUUGGAUUAAACAGCUUUACAGCCUC